UGAGACGAUAGGCAGCCCUACAUGUCUGCCUCUGCUUAGUAAGGUUGCUGUAGUGCCUCUGUUUGCCAGCUUAUCAUACGCACUUCUGACAGAAAGAUUUGCUGUACCCACAAGCAUCUUACAAGUACAUUUAAAUAAGACACUUGUGCGAUCCAGGUUCCAACUUCUUUUUCAAAGUGCUGCUCCUGUCACUGGCACAAUCCACGUGCCUAUCGCUGUCCUUGGGCCGCUAUUAUUCAGUGAAUAACUCUGUCAAGAGGUACCUUUCCAGGAGCAUGCUGUAAUCGGCAGUUCUGGGUCAAACCCGAAGAAGUACUUUUACCGAGAAUUUCUGAAUGUUUUACCCCGUGCCUCUCGACUCAAGCUCUCUGAAGGUCGCGUUACUGGACACAGCGAAACAGAGGAGAAGAGAUGGAAUACGUACAACCUCACUUGAACAUUCUAGCCGCCAGACCCGAGUAACCCUCCACCUCGCAUUCUUCUGGGCGUUAUAAAUACUCGGCGGUGGGCUCUGCCUCCUCGGAUUUUCCCGCCGGCUGCCCAAAACGCCGUUUAAGUCUCAACCGCGCUGGUACCUCGGCGGCCGUGCCCCGCCGGCAGCACCCAGCCCCGGGGCGCUGCUGCCCCGGGCACGGCGAGCGGCCAAGGGGCGGGAGCCUGGUUUGAGAGCCACUCUCCCGAGUUAAUAUGCGAGGUGUGCUGGAGGUGAGGAUACACAACGCCUGCCCAGAGGAGCGCUGGGAGGAACGUGGCUUGAUCUCCCUCUUGUGGAAAAUUAUUGGAACUAUAUUCGUGUGAUACUGAAGAAAAAAAAACAGCAUCCAUCAGGAAAUAAAUGAUGGCAGCAGUUACCAUGCCACCUGAUGCUCUUGUCAGCCCUCAAGGAAAUGAAGAGGUGGACUCUCUUAUUGUACUGCAUUAUAAUUACACAGGAAAGCUUAUUUUAAGGGAAAAGGCAACUGAUAAAAUAGACCUGCCCACUAUUUCAUUUCUGAUCCUAUGUAGUUUCAUAGUCCUGGAAAACUUGAUGGUGUUGAUUGCCAUAUGGAAAAACAAUAAAUUUCACAACCGCAUGUACUUUUUUAUUGGCAAUCUAGCUCUCUGUGAUCUUUUAGCUGGGAUUGUUUACAAAGUAAACAUUCUUAUGUCUGGGAAGAAAACUCUGAGCUUGUCCUCUACAAUCUGGUUCAUUAGGGAAGGUAGCAUGUUUGUUGCCCUGGGAGCAUCCACUUUCAGCUUGCUAGCGAUAGCUAUUGAGCGGCACUUGACCAUGAUUAAAAUGAGGCCUUACGAUGCAAAUAAAAAAUACAGGGUGUUCCUUCUCAUUGGUACAUGCUGGCUUAUUUCAAUUUCCUUGGGUGCCCUCCCCAUUCUUGGCUGGAACUGUAUAAACAAUUUACCAGAUUGCUCAACAAUUUUGCCUCUGUACUCCAAAAAUUAUGUUGUGUUCUGCAUUAGUAUCUUCAUAGCCAUUUUGGUCGCCAUUGUCAUCCUCUAUGCUCGCAUCUACAUACUGGUAAAGUCCAGCAGUCGUAAUGUCACCAACCACAACAACUCAGAGCGGUCCAUGGCACUCCUUAGGACUGUUGUUAUCGUCGUUAGUGUCUUCAUUGCGUGCUGGUCUCCACUGUUCAUCCUGUUCCUCAUCGAUGUGGCCUGCAGAGUCAAGGAGUGCUCCAUCUUGUACAAAGCCCACUGGUUUAUUGCUCUGGCAGUCAUCAAUUCUGCAAUGAACCCCAUCAUCUACACCCUGGCCAGUAAGGAGAUGCGUCGGGCUUUCUUUCGCCUCGUGUGUGGCUGCCUGGUGAAAUCCAAGGUGGCCAGAUCUUUGCCUAUUCAACCCACUCCAGAUCACAGUCGAAGUAAAUCCAGCAGCAGCAAUACCCAGAAGCCAAAAGAAGAUUUCCCACCGAUAAAUAUUCCCUCAUGUGUUGCUGAGAAAAAUGAAUCUUCAUUUCACAAUGGAAACUUCUGUAAGUAAGGGACUACUCAAGACAAGUACUUUUCUGUGUUUUUAGAAAAAGUGUUAAACUUAAACUACAGUUGUAGUUUAAAUAUUCAUGCACUUCAGUCACAGGGGAAAACACUAACCAUUUAUUUAACUUUGAGAACUUAUUUAUCAACAAACAUUUGCUUUGGGUGUUCAUUCAGUAACACACCUGAUUCAAUAAAAGCCUUUCAUGGUACCUAGCGGUCAGGACAGAGUCCAUGCACAGCUAAGAUCAUCAAGUGCGGCAAUGGCAUUGCAUGCUAAUGCUUCAUUUGGCACCUCGUGGUCUUGCAAGACAUCAUUAAAACCUGUUAGAAACUUCAGCAUUCAACUAAAGACUGCUGACAAUUGUAACAUGAGCCUAGUUAAUUGCCAGCUGGGAGAAGAAUUCAUUGCAUAAGUUGGUGAUUAUAGUUCUCUGUAUGUAUCUUGCUGUUGUGUUAAUGGCCUUAUAAGUAUGUGGUAUAAAUAGCUGUAUAUUUGUACAAUCUCUUAUUAAAAAGUCAUUGAUUGGUAAAAGUUUACAACAUGCUAAACAUUGUAUUGCAGUAUACAGUGUGACUAAUAGUAGAAAUAGAUGCGUUUCAAUGGGGAUAUUUAAAAUGAAGUAGUAGCUUUUAACUGUCAGAAACUUUAACAAGUCAUAUCAAUGCAGUAUUUUUAUUUUUUCCAUUGUUAUUCAAACUUUUUGUGUUUAGUGAAGGACAACAUGGCAGUUGUCACUGUGGCAUUUCACAACAUAUUUUAAGUAAGCAGUAGUAAACUGUUGAGAGAGGAUAUAUAUUUGCUAUUUAAAGUAGAUAAAAUGUGACCCCUCAAUACAUGUGUAACAAGUGUAUGUGCUGUUUCAAUGAAUAUAUUUUUGCUUACUCUUUUCAAUAUAUUUAAAAAUGUAUGUCCAACCUAUAUAAACCUGUGUACAUUGUGAAUGCACUACCUAAGCUGAGAUCCUUCAGUUCUGAAAGAGAGACGUAUCAUUUCAGAAAGCAGUGAACUACAGUGGGUUCCUGUGGAGUUCCUUCUUUCCUUUCUAGGCCCUACCAGAGUGUGGGGUUGUGUUAGAAGUUCUCCCUGGGAAGUUCUGCCAGUGGGACAAUGUCCCAUUUUCUGUCAGUGGGAUCCUAUGCUUCUACCAUUUCUGGACACUUCUGCAGAUGCAAGAGGGAAGAUGUGGUACAGCAGGGUCAUGCUCAUGGGCAUAUCUCCGUUUAUACCCGACCCUGCCUUGGAUCUGGAAAGAAGGUUUUUUUAGUCUGGAAGACCUGGAGCCUCAGCCCCUUUUGAGAGCCCAUUUCAGAGAGACCUUACAACAACUUUAUAGAUCAUCACUGCCUUACCAGCCUGAGGACAGGUUGAUGUUGAGUGUCAAAGCAGUUUCCUGAGUCCUGGAGCGGUAAAGACUUCACAGACGUCUGGUUUCAGGUCCCCGUGGAAGUGGCCUGUGGUACUUCCAUCAAUUGUGCUUUAUGGCUGGAGGCUUCAGUGGAGUUUGAUGGGAAAUUCUGGGACAAGUUCCCAUUGUCUCAGUAAGAAUGUAUACAUCUAACUUCAUUGGGCUCUUUCAAAGAUUUGUGUUUAGUGUCUCAAAAUACACUUUGCCUUAUGCACAAUCAGAAGUAGUUGAGGCUUUUUUAAUACACAGCCUGAAAGAGCUCAUCCUUAACUUUACUCUGGUCUUAAUCAUUUAAAGCAGCAGCAUUAGACUCUUCUCAAAUAUGUAUUCUGUAUAAGUUGUGUAUUGUAUGUAGCAAAAACCUUUAAAAUGUAGAGGUUUGCAUUGUGAUUAUCUUUUACAAAUUAAUAGUCUGUAAAUGUAGAAGAGUGUAUAAGAACAAAGAAGAAUUGUAUUUGAAUGAAAUAACUGUGAAAGAGAGUAGUAAAUAUGAAAUAAUUUCUACCAAAAAUGUUGAGAAGCAGUGCACUUAGUGAAGAAGAAAAAGCUAAACCAAGGUAAGCAUGAUAUACCUAUAUGGAUUG